AUCUAGUUUGCCGGCCUGCAUUUAUUUGUAUUUUGUUAAUAGUUUAUUGCAAGUAAAUGAAAUGUUUCCGCGCGGUGACAAUAAAAAGGAUCGCUAUGCCAAGCUGUCGUUUCUUGGCGAGGGUCAGUUUGCCAUUGUCUACAAGGCACGCGACAUUGUGAACGGCCAAAUAGUGGCUGUCAAGAAGAUUAAAAAGGGCAGCCGCGAGGAGGCGCGCGAUGGCAUUAAUCGCACGGCUCUGCGUGAAAUUAAAAUACUGCAAGAGCUUCAACAUGAGAAUAUCAUUGGUUUAGUCGACGUGUUCGGUCAACUAUCAAAUGUAUCACUGGUAUUUGACUUUAUGGAUACAGAUUUGGAGGUGAUCAUCAAGGACCAGAAGAUAAUACUAACACAGGCCAACAUAAAGUCGUAUGCUAUCAUGACGCUGCGUGGCUUGGAGUACCUACAUGCCAACUGGAUACUGCAUCGUGAUUUAAAGCCCAACAACUUGUUGGUCAACAGCGAUGGGCUACUUAAGAUUGGUGAUUUUGGUCUGGCAAAGACCUUUGGCUCACCAAAUCGUAUUUAUACACAUCAUGUGGUCACACGCUGGUAUCGUUCGCCGGAGCUGCUCUUUGGUGCACGUCAAUAUGGCACAGGCGUGGACAUGUGGGCCGUGGGCUGCAUUAUAGCUGAGCUUAUGUUGCGCGUACCCUUUCUGCCUGGCGACUCGGACCUCGAUCAGCUAACGCGUAUUUUCAGUGUGCUGGGUACACCCACCGAAGCGGAUUGGCCCUACAUUAGCAGGCUGCAUGACUAUCUACAGUUUCGUCACUUUGUGGGCACGCCAUUGCAGAAUAUCUUUACAGCUGCUGGUAAUGAUAUGAUUCAUCUUAUGCGUACUCUAUUUGCCAUGAACCCAUUGAGGCGCUGCUCCUGCCGCGAGGCCUUAAGCAUGCCUUAUUUUCACAAUAAACCGGCGCCGACUGUGGGUCCCAAACUGCCCAUGCCCUCGGCCAUUUUGGCGGCAAAAGAGGGAGCCAAUGCAAAUCCCGACGAUAAGCCAGUUGGUCUCAAGCGUAAACUGGUGGAGACAACGGUGCGUGGAAAUAUGUUGCCGCAAAAGAAAAAGCUGCUGUUCUGAGCUAACAACUAUCUACCUAUCUAUCUAAGCAUGAAGUAGUUUGUAAUUUCAUUAUAUGUUAAUAAUACAAAAUGGUUGGACGAUUAAUAGGAGAGCUUCGCGUAUGUCGUUGAGUUGAGUCGUUGGAUAUCUGCCUGGCAGAUUCUGUUAAGUUCAAGCAAAUCGAUAAUAAA